UAUGUCAAUCCAUUUUGAUACCGACCUAACCUCAUUUUAUUCACUUCACAUGUGAAAAUACUGAAAUUUUAAACGGGGCUAUUUUUACAUGCCACCCGCCACAAUGUCUUUUUUCAUUAAAGGAAAGCAACAAAACGGACUAAAACGAUCUAAAUAUUCGACAACUAAAAACAAAAAGCGAAAAAUUGUAUCAAAACCAUCAAAAAGCAAAAAAGAUGAAGAAAUUACCAGCAGUGAAGAUGAAGACUUAAUUAAUGAUAAAAUUUCGGAGGCCUCCUUAUCCGAAGAUGAAAACGAAACUGCUCAAGAGAAAAAGGUUCGAUUAGCAAAAAUUUACUUGGAGGAAAUUGAAAAGGAAGAAAGAGCUAGAAGAGAGGACAAGGAAAUAGAUGAAAGUGUAAUUGCUAGAAGACUGAAUGAAGAUUACUUAAAAGAAACGGGAAAACUACGACUAAUAAUAGCCGAUAAAUACAAAACUGUGGAUCAGGAUAACAUUAAAACUUUAAAGUGCAGAGAGCAGCAUAAAAGUAUUACCUGCCUUUGUGUUUCUUCAGAUGAUGAAUAUAUAUUUGUUGGUAGCAAAGAUGGAGUUGUAGUAAAAUAUUCGUUAUCAGACAAUAAAAGAAUAGGUGUUAUUCCCUUUAUAAAAAGUCCAGGCAGUGAAGUUACAGGACACAGUAGUGAAAUAUUAAGUGUAGCAAUAUCUUCCGAUAACAAAUAUCUAGCUGUAGGUACAAAAUCUAGUGAUAUCCAUAUCUGGGAUCCAAGUACAUUUAAAUUUAUAAAAAAGUUUACUGGACAUAAAAAUGCCAUUACAGGAUUAUGUUUUAGAAAGGACACUCACACUUUGUACUCCUGCUCAAAAGAUAGAACAGCAAAAGUUUGGAGCUUAGAUGAAAUGGCUUAUGUUGAAACUUUAUUUGGCCACCAAGAUGGUAUAUCUUCAGUAGAUUCUCUAUAUAAAGAUAGAUUAGUUUCUAGUGGAGGUAGAGAUUUGAGAUUGUGGAAAAUAACAGAAGAAACUCAAUUAAUUUUCAAUGGUCAUGUAGGUAACAUAGACAAUGUAAAGUUCAUAAAUGAAGAAACGUUCGUUUCUGGUGGUGAUGAUGGACAAAUAUGUAUUUGGAGCAUGAUGAGGAAGAAACCACUUUGUGUUAUUAAUAAUGCUCAUGGAUUGGAUUUGAAUACUAAGCAACCCCUAUGGAUAACUGCAGUUACAGCUCAUCAUAACACUGAUUUACUGGCUUCAGGCUCUCAAGAUGGUUUUAUUAGACUAUGGAAAUUGGAAAAUAAUUUUAAAAAUCACAAAUUAAUUAUGAAGGUCCCAGUAGAAGGUUUUAUCAACUGUUUGCAGUUUACCUCUGAUGGAAGGAGACUUUUAGUGGGAGUUAGCAAAGAACAUAGGUAUGGAAGGUGGAGCACAGUACCAACGGCAAGGAACUGUGUAGUUGUCAUACCAUUCUUAUUAAGUUAAUUUUUUUAUAUUGAAAGAAUGUAAAUAUUUUUUUUUUUAAUUAUGAAAUAUAUUAUUUUCAAGUUU